AUGGCGUUUGGAGUGGUAACUUUCUUUCUUAGAAAGCAAGGAAAUGGAAAGAAGAACAGACCUGUUGCGUUAGAUCCGCAGAAAAAGAUUCCAUUUAAACUCGUUGACAAGAAGGUAAGUGCGUACAAGUUACCCGAGAGAGGCAUCAGAACUCACUUUUUUUUAUUAUUUCCUGGGGAUUCUCUGUCAGGGAGAGGUAUCUGCCGAGACAGGAGGAAGCCUGUCACUUACUUGGUUUAAAAUACAUGAAUGUGGUUAUGAACCAUUACAUGGUUUCGGUUUCAAUUUCAAUCUAUGUAGUGUUUGCUCUCUGUUGAUCCACUGGAAUUUCUUUCACAUAGAGGAUACCUUUUCCCAGCCAAAGAUAUGCAACAGGCUAGGGAUUUCUCUGACAAGGCUUUGAUAUGAGUUGGAAAGGUUAUGAAAAAACUGCCAUUUUAUCAUUUAGUUAAAGGGCCCCGCCCCUUGAAGUUUGAGUGAAAAGGGUAUGGGAGAGAGAAGGCAGUAUGGUUUCUGUAUAGAAUACUUCUUUUCUUUCCCUAUAUGUUAUCAUGAAAUGUUCAAUUGAUGAAAUGUUCAAUUGAUGGAAUGUCUUAUUAUGAGUUAUCAGGAGGAUACCUUUUAUUAGACAACAGUAGUAAAUAAAGGGCAGGUGGAAUAGUUGCCCUGCAUCAGCAAGCAAAGCAGGCAAUUUUCUGUUUAUGAAGUUGAAAUUUGUUUUUGGUUUACAAGUAUAACCUCAGUGGCAAAUUUGAAAAGUUUUCAUUUUAAGUCAGAGCUCUUGGUGGGAAGGGGGGGGGGGAGGGAAGAGUAAAAUGAAGGGAAAAAAGCGUGGGUUUGGACAUGGGCAAAGUGUUCCUUUACUACACUUUGUUCAAUCCCCUCUCCCCCUGUACCACACUUUGUUCAAUCCCCUCUCCCCCUUUACAACACUUUGUUCAAUCCCCUCUCCCCCUUUACCACACUUUGUUCAAUCCCCUCUCCCCCUUUACCACACUUUGUUCAGUCCCCUCUCCCCCUUUACCACACUUUGUUCAGUCCCCUCUCCCCCUUUACCACACUUUGUUCAAUCUCCUCUCCUCCUUUACUACGCUUUGUUCAAUCCCCUCUCUCCCUUUACCACACUUUGCUCAGUCCCCUCUCCCUCUUUACCACCCUUUGUUCAGUCCCCUCUCCCCCUUAACCACACUUUGUUCAAUCCCCUCUCCCCCUUUACCACACUUUGUUCAGUCCUCCCACCUUACCUGUCUUUUCCUAAAAUUCAAAGAUGAUUUUUUCAAGGCUCUAUUGAAGAGCUCUUGAUAUGCAGAGUAUUUCACUUGAUAAAAACCUGCUGAUACCGUUAAUUGUUGCUCAAACAUUACCAGCAGUGGGAGAAAAACUGAACUUUGUAAUUCUAUGUUCAUUACAGAUUGUUAGUCAUGAUACAAGAAGGUUUCGAUUUGAGCUCCAGUCUCCUGAACACAUACUUGGACUUCCUGUUGGUAGGUUUUAAUUUUUUUUUAUUCAAGUAAGAUUUUUUUGUUAAUUUUUAAAAAUUCCACUUGUACACUGUCUCAGCUUUUACAGUACAUACUUGAUGGGUAGCAAACCAAAUUGUUAUUCCAUGUUUUUGCAGUGUAUGAAAUAUUAAUUCUUUAUUCCGGAACAGUUGUUCAUCUGCUCUCUGUGUUUCAGGUAAUCACAUGUAUCUCAGUGCUAAAAUAGAUGGAAGUCUUGUUAUCAGGCCAUACACACCAGUGACCUCUGAUGAUGAAGUGGGAUAUUUUGAGCUGGUGAUCAAGGUAAACCAUUCAGAUCUUUGAUCUUCACUCUCUUCAUAUGUGCAUGUCUUAAGUUUUUCUCUUGGUUAUAAUUAUAGCAGGUCUUCAAGUAUACAGGUAUUAGUCUUUUUAGAGUGUGAAAGAUAAUGAAAGUAGAAAAUUUAUGCUACAGCACACUAGGAUUAAUUAUAUAACUUUACCAGGGUAGAUUGGCUCAAAAAGAGGUCAAAAGAUGCCUCCUUGAAAAUGGAUGACCACAUGAAUGGUCUAAAUAUUUUAUGCAUUGAAUCAAACUGAAAAUGGGGACACUUUUGGCUCAAAAUAUAUGCAAUGUUUGACUAGCUUUAGAGCAACUAUGGCAAUUUUUGUAAAGCUUAACUUUGUAGUUGAAAUGUGCGUAAAGAAUUAUUUCAUGAAAAAAUUUAGCAUAUCUGAGAAAUGAUCUGCCUUUCAUUUGUUUUCAAUUCAUUUCUGUUUAAGGUUUAUUUCAAGAAUGUACAUCCUAAGUACCCGGAUGGUGGCAAAAUGUCACAGUAUCUAGAUUCCCUAGAGAUAGGUGACACCGUUGACAUCAGGGGACCAUCAGGAAAAUUAACUUAUGUAGGGAGGGGUGAGUUGUUUAGUUUUCAGAUUUGCUUUGUUGCCCUUGAUGCAUAGAUCAAUUUGAAGUUUCAACAUUCCUCCCAUUACCCCCCCCCCCCCCUUCAGCAUACUCAUGGGUUUUUGAACGUUUAAAAGAUUGGCUUGUUGGUGCUGUUGUUGGGUUUUUGGCUUGUAGGAAUCAUUCUUUGAUGCAAAAAAAUUGCCUUUUAAGCCAUUUGCUUACAAAAGUGGAUACUACCUCCAAAUUCCUCCAUUAAAACAUGUGUACUACAAGUGGAAAGACUUUACAUUUCUGGUUCAAAUGCUCCACCCCACCCAGAUAAGGUUCACAUUCCCCACCCCCUGGGUGAGUGACUAUUCACUAGAUAAUUAAAGACAUUACCCUUGACCUCUUGAUUGGAUCUGGAGGAAAAGAAAUGAUAACAUUUAGGAUCAUUUUAGUUACUGACUGAUGUUAUAAAUUUUGCCUUUAAAUACAGGAAAAUUUGCUAUAAAGGAGAAUGCAAAGGAACCCAAGUUUAGAACAGCUAAGAAUGUUGGUUUGAUUGCAGGGGGAACUGGUAUGUGAGAUUGACUUUUUAGUUCAGACUCCUACAAUCUGAAUGUUAAUCCUCCCCUCUAGCUGCUACACUUUUCCUUGUAAAUUAGAUAGGUGAACUUGGUGUUAGAUCAAGAUAGCAACUUCUACCUGGAGUGAGUAUUCUCAUCACCUGUUAGCUGGAUAAUGUAUUGGUAUAGUUGGGAGAAGUUGCAUGUCAAUCACUUUUGGGAGUUAAAGGUUAAAUUCAACCUGGGUUCUCUAGGUAAAUAAACUUGACUUGGCUAUCAUUUACCAAGAUCUCCUUGAAGAUAAGUUGUGUGUGGGUUCAUGUAAUAAAUAAAUGUACUCUGUUGUGUGAUUCUGUUUAUUUUGUCAGUUUCAUUAUGUUCUGCUCUGUAGGCAUAACUCCCAUGUUACAGAUCAUAAGUGCAGUGAUUAAAGACAGUGAUGAUAAAACCAACAUUACUCUCCUGUUUGCUAACCAAGUAUGUGCAUCUGCCUUUGGAAAGUAUUCAAGACAUCUUUGUGGUCUAAUCUCCUGUUAACUUCAAGUCUACUUUCCUCCUUCCUUCUUAAGUCUGGGUAUAUAAGUAUUUAUUCCUUUCAGGUUACAUCAAAUCUUUUCCACGUUGAGCUAAGUAAUUGAUUUGCUUUUCUAACCUACCCAAGUUACCAUAGUUUACAUAUUAGUUUUCUUGUGGAUGUGACUUUUGUUCAUGAAAAGGGCAGCUACUUCUCAACAAUCUGUUGGAUAGGCUUGAAUUUCAAUGUUGCAUUACUGCAUUUGUCAGUGAUAAGGUAUAAAAGUUUCAAUUUGCUUUUGUGGAUCACUUUUGGCCUAAUUAUUCAAAAAGUUUUGGCAAACCAUCUAACACUUUCUAUGUGAACACUAUCAUGCAUAUUCUUCACACUGUUCUCCUCUGAUUUCUUUUGGUACAAACAAAAAGAAUUUGUUUAACAAUCAAAAGCAUGUAAAGUUGGUGAUCAUGAAGUUUUUAUUAACAUGACCUUAUUUUGGGUUUCAGACUGAAAGAGAUAUCCUUGUACGACCCGAGUUAGAAGAGCUGGAUCAAGAAUGUGAGAAUUUCAAGCUUUGGUAUACACUUGACAAGCCACCUGACGGUAUUGAUCAAAUUGUCUGAGCUUUUUAAUGAAAGUUCCAUUGGAUAUAUGUAUAUUUGCACAUCUGAUAUUUGAAACUCCAAUAAAGGAAUGCACUAAAAUAUUCCUUUAUUGAUGUUCAAUUUAAAGGAUGGCCAUACAGUUCUGGAUUCAUCAAUGACACAAUGCUCAAGGAACACAUGCCUCCACCUGGACCAGACACUCAGAUACUGAUGUGUGGACCUCCUCCUAUGAUCAACUUUGCUUGUAUCCCUAACUUAGAAAAACUGGGUUACACCUCUGAUAUGUAUUUUCCCUUUUAAAUACACUGACAUGAUAAGGAAAGUAGGAUAGCAGAAUUUGCCAGAGAUGGCAGAUCUUAAACAGGAGUAAGGUGUGAUACUCUAGGGUGUGUCACCAGCAGUAUGGGGGGAGAAAAGUGUACCACUCUCUUCAAAUGCAUUAACCAACAAACUGCUCUGGUUUGCUUGGAGUUAAGUUUCAAUCCUGCUAGCUUGUGAUUUGAUAAUCUUCUCAUUUCCAACAAUUUGCUGUAAUAUGUGGAUUUAAUAUCUCCCCUCCCCUUGCCAAAAUUUGAUUUUACAGUCUUUACCAAACUUUUGGGAAGUUCUGGUUUUGAGUUUACUAAAAAAAAUGAUAUAUUUGUCAUUUGAGCAUAUCAUUGACCAAUUCUUUAUCUAACAAUCCACCUGACUUUGUGGGUACUUUUCGGAUGACCACAAAAGAAAAAUGGUUUUAUUUUCCAGUGUGAGUCAUUGUGGUGCAUAUUUUACUAUUGUAUGAGCUUAACACUUGAAAUGAAAAAAAAAUGAUAAAUUCACCUUUUGUCAUGGUGACAAUUAAGUUUAACACUUGAACCCUUGAGGGCGACUCACAGAUUAUUUCUCCUUACAAUAUCACUAAAAAGGAAAUGAUCUUCUACUGAUUGAAGAAGACCUUGAUUGUUAAAAAAAUUCUCCCGAUCAGUUCUGUAGAAAAUGUGAAGAGAACAGUGUAGAGAAUAUGAAAACUAAUUCAAGGGUGUAAGAGAUUAAUAAAACUGUAAUUAUUAGAGCACGAUAUGAGUUUGCAUCAGGUUUGUGCGGUAAGCAAAUAAAGAACAAAUUAUAAACUUGUCUUGAGACAAGAAUUCUUGGACAAAAUUUCCUAUUUUGAUACUCUUAACUUUUAAUUUCUGUUGAUUUGUGAGCUUUCAUUGGACCUUUUUGUCCAAAGAACUGACCUAUAUAAUCCCCAUGACUAUUAGGAGAUAAUCACGUUAAUUUUCCUAACUUUCAAACUGAUUGUAACGAAUGUCACGUAUCGUUAAAAUAUGUAAAAAAAUGGCCUCUAUUUGGCGCGAAAAUAUGCACGGAUAUUUGUCCGCAGCCCUUAUCUGUUCCAAGAUGCG